AUGAACUUCCCUGUGCCAUGGAGGGCCCUUCUACCAGCAGACGCGGUGCCCACAUUCUCUGGCGCGGAUGGCCUCCGGGAGAUCUGUGAUGCCACAGGCGCAGGCUGCGAGCUGUCUGGUGACGGUGAUACGCCGUCGUCGCUUUCGGACAAGAUCCUCACCAUUAGCGGGAAUGUAGAGCAAAAGGAGGCAGCUUGUCGAAGAAUUGUGGACAAGCUCAGGGUGCUACAGGAGGUCGUCGACCAGGAGCCCGGAGUCUUCGUGAUCAUUGUCCCUUCAACUGCAGCACCAGCGGUGAUAGGGAGCAAAGGUGCCCAAAUCAAGGAGGUCAUCGAGCUCAGCGGGGCAGAGGUGAGCGUGGCCAAAGAAAGCAUUCACGGAAUGAACGACCAGCCCAUUGGAGUCACUGGGACUGGUGGUCAAGUGGUCUCUGCUGUGAGCAAGAUCAAUGCCAUCCUGCAAGAUCUAGCUGAUAGAGGCAGGCUACAGCCCACCGACUUCCGGUACAGACCUGGAGCCCAGAGACCAGAGGACUCGGGCGGUAUGGGUGGAUCCUUCGGAGCCCCCGGCCGUGCAGCACAGCCCACGGGAGGCAAUCCCCGCACCAACGCAAAAUUCGUUGUGGCGACACAGGUGGCCGGCUGGAUUAUCGGAAAGCAGGGCCGCCACAUACGUGAGUUGCAGGAGAACAGCGGGGCCCACAUACAAGUGCUUAAGGAGGGCGAGGUUCCACCUGGAGUGCCGGUGACCGACCGUAUUGUUGAGAUCGGGGGCCGCUUCGAAGCAAAGGCAGAAGGCAUCCAGAUCAUUCUCAUAGCUGUGGACAACAUGCCGGCUUUAUCAGCUCCGCGCGAGACGCUGAUGCUGAUCCCCCGGCAGCUCACAAAUGAUGCAGAGAUCAAGGACGUUCGCCAGAUGUCAGGCUGCGAAAUCGAGGUUCGUGACCUGCCCUCCCACGAUGAGGGACUCUGCACGCUGCUUGGGAACAUCGAGUCUCGCGUGAAGGCAGCGCAGCAGUUCCUCAAGAGACUGGAGGAGGUCAUGGCUGACGGCAGCGUGUCGCUGCCUGCUCCAUCCUAUGGUGCCAGGCCAUCCCCUCCCGAGACUUUACCAGAGGGCUCCGAUAUUUGGUCAAAUCCUGCUCCGAGUGCCAAGGAAGAUCCCUGGGCCAAAGAUGAUCCUUGGAGUCGAGCUAGGGACGGAG